UAUGCAGGAGCUCCGGGCACUCGGCAUGAAAACAACCUGAGUGACAUCCACAGCCUCAGUGCAGACCAGGCAACUCCUGACACAAGUCACUGCGCUUGGAAGAAAGCUACUCCUUCGUUUAGGAAGAUUUCAGAUGCUUUGUACUUGAUUUGUUUUGUUGGGGUUUUUUUGCCAGCACAAUGAAGGAAAUGUCCUGCUUCUGCUUGACUUUUUCUUCCUUGUUGGAACAGAUGGUGAAGGCUUACAAAUACGUGACUGGUAUUUUUUCAGUGACUCAUAGCUCAGAGCCACAGGUUUCAGAUGGUGAUAAGAAGCUCACCAAGAUGGAUGUAAGCGUACUUGAGGAGCAGUAUGACCAUAUAAAACAGAAGCAAAAACUGCAACCAUACAUUAUUGUAUAUAAAACAGGCGGACAUGAAUCUGCACUGCCAGAAUCAAUGGUCAACCCUGUUCUAAUUAAUAAGAAAGUUAAAAGAUCAAAGUCAUGUAGAGGAGACGUCCCUGUCAGAAAGGUCGCACUGGAGAUGACCAACGGCAGCAACUCAGAAGAGGACUUGCUCUGGCGCGUCCACCUGGGAGCUCACCGCCUGGGGCGGGCCCUCGGACAAGGAGAUUCCCAGGAUCUUUCCCACUGCAACAGCACACCUUGGAGUUUUGACAACCAGAGACUGAUUUCCAAGGGAAACGGCACACUGCAGCCCAAGGAAGCAGCAGGAGCAAGUGAACUGUCUGAGCUCAGGCAGCUGGGAAGCUCAAGCGUGUUGAACAUUCUCAGCAAAGAGAACGGCUGCAACUAUUCAAGCUCCUGCCAAAAGCCUCCUCUGAAAUCAGCCACUGAAGCACUUUGGGCUCAUCAGAAGAUUUCUGCUACAAAAUGCAUGCCAGCCUGCAACAAACUGAACUUUUACCCUUUCCCAAAUAGGAAAGGGCCCAGAAUUUCUGAAGCAGCAAGGAGGCUAGGUUUAUAUGUCUCACAAUGAAGAUAUUCAGUAAUCCCUAAAAUUUAGUCAAAAACUUUUAAAAAAAACCCCUUAAAAUAGCAAAGCAGUCUUUCUAGUUAUAUGGUUCAACCUGCUGAGGGUUUACUACUCUUAUUAGACUCAGAAGAUUCUGACUAUAUACUCUUUGAUCUUUAUAAUUUUUAACAUAAGAUUUCAUCAUUCAC